CCGAGUCACAAUGCCGCGCGAGCUACCCCCGGUUAACGGUAAUGACGAUCGCGUCAAGCAAGGCCUGUACAAGCUCUGCUCAUGCGAUCGCUGUUGCGCCAAGAACCACGGCCAACCACUAUAUGUGGCCGUAUCAACUUACUACGUUCACAAUCCCACCAACGCUCGAACGUCGGGCCUGCCACAGGCCGCCAAGGAUGCCCUUCGAGCAAUGCACCAGGUCUUCCCCCGUGCAAGCGAACCUGUGGCUGGCCCAUCUACAGGUCCGGGACGCUCCUGA